CGACAUAUCCGUAAACAGAACCGUUGACGUUGUGGUUGCCUUACAAAAAAACUUUUAUAUAGAAAUGACCUAAGUUGGUUGAAGACAAGCUGAUGGAUAAAAUGGAGCUUACGGAACCAGUUAAUCUGAUAAAAUCAGUGUUUGUAUGCAAUACAUUUAACUUUUUGUUUGCUGCAGCUAAAUCUUGUUUAUUUCCAUUCCUGACACUUUAUCUGAGACUGCUGGGAUUAACAGCUACAGAGACAGGUAUAAUCAUAGGUGCUAAGACAAUAUCAGCCUUCAUAUUUGCACCACUAUGGGCCUUGUGUUCAGCAAAGUUCCGAAAAAGGAGACUUGUUCUGAUGUUUUCGAUAUUCAUGAUGGCUUUGACCUAUCUUGGACUUACUCUUGUGAUGAAUGUUAAUCAUGCAGCUACAGCUUGUCCAGGGGAUGUUCCACCAGGGAAUAUGAAAGGAACCUUGAAGGAAUUACUGCAUAAUAUUAAAACUAACAGAACAAACAUACCGCCAACAAAAACCCAAAUACAAUUAAAUCAAACUGGUAACAUCACUUCAUUAUUAAAAACUUCAAAAUCACCUCUACAACCAACUGACCUCCCAAUGACAACUACAGAGAAAGAAAAGAAGGUCAACAAAAUAUUUGAUUAUGGAAGAAAAUUGCUUAUAGAAUUAGGAUUGUCGAAGGCAGACGUGGAUGGCCUAAGCAACUCGGACAUGAUAGGUUUAUUCCAAGACAUGCUGACACAAAAGAAUUGGCAGACUACCAUAAGGCAAAGUUUAUCUCCAGAAGAAAUGGAAGAAUUCUUUACUUUCCUUGAUCAAGCCGUGGAUGCUAUUAAUAAUGGGGAAAUUAAAGUUGGAAAGAAAAUUACAAAGCGUAGUUUAAAAGACACAUGGCAAAAUAUCAAAACCAAUUUAAAGUCAUUGAAAACUGCAUGGACUGUAAAAAUAACUGAGGCAGAAGUAGAGGGUCAGAUAUUUUUAAUCAUUUUGCUUACUUUAGUGUUUGGCGAAGUUUUUGCAUCUCCUGUAGAAAAGAUUGCUGAUGAUGCAUGGUUUGAAUUUUUAGAAAAAAUUGACAAUUUGGAGAAGUAUGGAAAACAAAGAAUAUUUACAUCUUUAGCCUUCAUUAUUUUCCCUAUCAUUGUGACCUUGAUAGUUGACAAUACAACAUGUUUAUUCAGUUUGAGAAUGCAUCCAAUAUCAUUGCACUUUUAUAUGUUCGGUGGAUUCCUGGGGCUUACAUUCCUGGUUGCAUUCUUUUACCCUACUUCCAAUUCAGAAAAGAGGAAGUAUAAAACUAAAAUCACUUAUGCAUUAAAUUUGACCUUCUGUAAAUGUGAAGGACUAUUCUAUAUCUUAACACUGUUGAUAGUUGGUGCUAUAUAUGCUUCCUAUAACAACUUUCUGUUCUGGCUGAUUGAAGAUUUACAUGGAAAGGAAUUAACCAUGGGACUUUGUGUGUCUUUAGCCAAUCUGGCAGAGAUACCAAUGUUAUUCUUCAGUGGACCACUUGUGAGGAAGCUUGGAAAUGGUAUGGCAGUUUGUCUAUCAAUGACAUUUCUGGCUGGCCGAGCCCUGUUCUACUCGUAUUUAUGGACACCUUGGGCAGUACUUCCUGCUGAGAUGACUCAUGCCUUUACUCACACCGUCAUGUGGUAUGCUGUCCUGAGUAAUCCCGUCUUUAGUUCAAAUCCUACGGUGGACAGAGGAGUGAGAUCAGUUUUCUCUAGCAUAUAUUUCGGUGUCGGUUUUUCAGGUGGUAGUAUCUUAUCGGGUAUUGUCUAUGAUCAUUAUGGUGUGAACAUUUUAUUCCGUGCAUGUGCAGUCAUUGCAAUAGCCUGGUGUCCAAUUUUCGUUAUCAUGAACCGAUGUUGUGCUCGACCAUCCGUAAGUGAGAUUAAAUACACCCGUCUGUUAACAUCAGAAGACGUAAACUCUGAUAGUGAUGAUGAUUGGUUAGAACAUGCUCUCAAAACUGGAUGAAGAAAUUAGAAUGAAGAAAACAGAAUGAAGAAAAGAAAGAAGCAUAAUACAUUCCAUUCAAUUUAAUUUUCAUUUUUCAAGAUGUAUUUUUUUUAUAUUUAAAAGUAAAGAUUAUUGAAAUUUUACACUUGUUUACACUUAAAAGUAGAUAUUAGUCUGUUCCAUUCAUUUGUACAUGUGUAUUUGUGUGUGGCAGGUGGUUAUUACUUAUAAUUAUAUAAAGUAUGGCAUUCAGGAUUUGAUCAAUUUCCUUUUCUUUUACUUGAAGAAAGCAUAUGUUAAAGUUAGAUGUGAUCA